GCCCGCCGCAGGCGGUCUGGCCCGCAGGCGGCCCGCCGCAGGCGCCGCGGUGGCCGCCGAAGGUACGUCGCCGGCGGCCACCGCCUGGCCGCCCUGGCUGCGUGGCCGCGCGGCGGCCCGCCGCGGAGGCGCCUUGGAGGGCCAUGAGCUCCUCGGGCAGCUGCUGCCGGCGGUGCCAGCGGGCCCUGCGCCUCGGCAGGGUGGCGCCAGAGCCUUACGCCGUGGCGGAGGCCGAGACGCCCGCCGAGCGAGAACGCAGACCCGCGCCCUCGGCGUCCAGAACCGACGACACGUCGCUCAAGCAGAAGCCCAGCGUCUCGUCCCUCAAGGC